UUUUCUAAAGAGGAAGACGCGGGCGAGAAAGAAAAACUUUUUCCAUCGUCCUGCGGGUUUCUGCAGCCGUAUUCCGAAGCCAAGGCACCCCCAAGAUAAUGAUGGCUUUCCAGAGGAUCCACUCACUGCUCCUCCUGGUGCUGACCCUGCUGGAGCUAGUGCUGGUGCGACCCUCCUAUGGUCAGAAUCGCAUGUUCCAACGAUUCCUGCGGCAACACGUGGACCCUCAGGGAGCAGGUGGCAAUGAUGGCUACUGCAACCUGAUGAUGCAGAGACGGAGGAUGACCCAGAAUCAGUGCAAACGCGUCAACACCUUCAUCCAUGAAGACAUCUGGAACAUUCGCAGUAUCUGCAGUACCACCAAUAUCCCGUGCAAGAAUGGCAGGAUGAACUGCCAUGAGGGUGUAGUGAAGGUCACUGACUGCAGGGAGACAGGAAGUUCCAGGGCUCCCAACUGCAGAUACAGGGCCACAACCAGCCCCCGGCGUGUUGUCAUUGCCUGUGAUGGUAGCCCGGAGUUGCCUGUGCACUUUGACAGAUAGAUGCCACCCUGCCUGAAUUCUGGCCAGGAGUGGCCUUUAACUUACUUCUUAAUCAGCAAUGAGUAGUACAUUUGAGUUGUCUCAGGCUCUGUCUCCUCUGCUGUUGCUUGUCCUUUUUUCUCUAGGAGCCCAUUCAGUUAAACACAUCACAGAGAAAUGGAGACAUAGACCUAUAAUGAGUCUGGACUUUUCUAUAAUAAAGUUCCUUUUAGAAGACUGGUUAGCUUAGCUCUCCCCCCAUCCUGUCUUCCAGAAUUUAGUCAUUAUAUGUAUUCAUAUAGCAUUUCAAAGUGCUUUCAUGUAAGUCAUCUCAUUUUAAUACUACAGCACCCCUGUGAUACUGGUAUACAUAGGAGCCCAAAGUUAAGGGAUUUGCUGAAUACCAUAAAAUUAGUGGAAAAUUUGAGGCAAAGAACUGGCUAUUUCAUCACAAGGAGUGCCUUUUGUUAUUCCCAAAAGUCAGCAGUGAAGCAUUAAAAUUUUGGAAAUACAUACUGGCAAAAUGAGAGUGUAUGUAAUUUGGCAACCUUGUUAGGUUUGGGUGUAAUAAAAAUCAAGAAACCAUACUAGGAAUUUUGUUACUCUCUUCCCAAACUUUUGAGUCACCCUAUUAAGUGAGUGUAUCAGUAAGACUCAUGCACGCAUCCUGGCUGAAAGAUUGUUCAUCUUCUUUGUAAUAAAGGACUUAAGCUGUGGGUAUCUGA